AACGAUCGUAUUGAUUAAGUAAAAGAUAUAAAGAGCGAAAUAGUAGUAAUAAUAUAAUUCAUUGUAUAUAUUACAGAUAAGUCGAAAGAUUCUAAAAAGUUUUAGUAAAUAUACUUACUUGAAUGUCAAUGAAUCUUUUGUCCUAAAAUUAAUAUUGUUGUUUGAGUGGAAAAUUAUUUGUGAAAUAAAAACGUAUCCAGCUGACAUAGAUCACUCCUAUAAGUAAAAGCUAUGUAAUGGUCUUGAUUAAAUUUUUUAAAGUUCAUUCUUUUGUAUGAAUCUUUUAUAUAAAAAACAAGAGAUGAAAAGUUUUAACGUGUGUAAUUGCAACGUGAAAUAAUUUAAAAAAUGAAAUACUUUCGUGAAAUAUUAGAUUUAUCGUAAAUAUACCUACAUUUUUCGAUAAUGUAUAAUAGUAACAUGGUACUACUUUCGCUAUAUUAAAUUAAGCUUCUGCAAGAGUGUGCAAGUAUUUAAGGAAGGAUCUAGGCCUAGAAGAAAUAUAUUGAAUUUACUAUAACAGCAAAGUUCCGAAUAAAGUGAUUCUUUGAUAUUUUUUAAUAUUACUAAUUUUGUAUAUGUUAGAAAAUGUUCGAAUAUCAUGAUACAAGUACUGAUUUUCAAAUUACAUUUUGGCUAUAGUACUCUCAGCUAUUACUGAACUGAAAGCCGACACGUUGUUACAGAUACCAGAUACGAACAUUGCAAGUUAUAGGUAAAAAGACAGUAGGAAGAGAAUACAGAUGGUAACGCGGACGCCUGCGCGAGAAAACGGCGGCUUGUCUAGUUAGGUUUAGCCAACAAUUUUCCAUUUUCAGUUAUCGGUGGAAAAGGCUAGCCGUCACUUCGAAAGCGUUUCAUCGUUGAAAAUUAUAACACGUUGUUAAAUGUUGUGGUGCUCGCUUUAUAUUAUUUAGAAACAAACCGUAAUAUAAGAAAUACUGAAACGUCUUUCAUCUUUAUAAUAAAAAGAGAAGAAAAAAGCAAAAUUAUAAGUACUUGUCAAAGAAAGGUAUAAUCGACAUUUAUAACAAUUGUGUGUAAAGUGAUUUCGAAAGAUUACUAUCUACAUGUUUUUUAUUUGACUUUUUAUUCGGUGACGGUGAAUAUCUGCCAUUGCCAACUCGGCAUAUGUUUUCAGUUGCGGCUUCAUCUUAUUCUGUCUUAUUCUAAUCGUACUGAAAAAGCUCUCGAGGAAAAAGAUUCGAAACGAAGAGAAACAGAAGAGGAAAAGAAGACAAUUUUGGAAAAAGAGAAGACAGAAAUCAGGUUGGAAUAAAAAAAAAGACAAAGAACAAGAUAGGGAAAGUGGAACAAUAACUGCUCGGUCCCCGGAGACAGAUCGAUCGAGAAAUGAAUGAUUCGCCGAUUUUAUCAAACGGGACCGCCGUAGAAGGAUGGUCGACUACUAACCGUCCGACUAUAGAGAACGAUGUAACCUCGAAUAGUUUAGUGCAAUUAAUCUUUUACAUAUUUUAUGCAAAUAUUUUUGCGUUUGGUGUAUUUGGUAAUGUGCUCGUAUGUUUCGUCGUGGCACGAAAUCGACAAAUGCAGACAGUUACGAAUCUGUUUAUCACGAAUCUAGCAUUGAGCGAUGUGCUACUUUGUGCUCUGGCGGUUCCGUUUACUCCUUUAUAUACAUUUCUCGGGGGAUGGAUAUUUGGCAGAACCCUGUGCCACUUGGUACCGUACGCUCAAGGUGUCAGCGUAUACAUCAGCACAUUCACUUUGACGAGUAUCGCGAUCGAUAGAUUCAUGGUGAUCAUAUAUCCUUUCCAUCCUCGUAUGAAGAUCGAAGUUUGUUUAGCCGUGAUAGUCGGUAUUUGGAUAAUCGCAUUGUUGUUCACUCUACCUUACGGGCUUUACAUGCAUCUCGAGGAGCCGUACACUUAUUGCGAGGAACACUGGCCGAACGAACGAUUUCGAAAAAUCUUUAGUUCCAUUACUUCGAUACUACAAUUUGUCUUACCCUUCUUCAUCAUCGCUUUUUGUUAUAUUUGCGUUUCGAUCAAGUUGAACGAUCGAGCUAGAACGAAACCUGGCACAAAGACUAGUCAAAGAGAAGAGGUUGACAGAGAAAGAAAGAAACGAACGAAUCGGAUGUUGAUCGCUAUGGUUGCCGUAUUUGGCAUAUCUUGGCUGCCGCUCAAUAUCAUCAACGUUAUCGACGAUUUUUAUUCACCUGCCAAUGAUUGGGCUUAUUACAGAAUCUGCUUUUUCAUGACGCAUUGCCUCGCUAUGAGUAGCACCUGCUACAAUCCUUUCCUUUACGCUUGGCUCAACGAUAACUUUCGCAAAGAAUUUAAGCAAGUGCUUCCAUGUUUUCCAAAAGCAAUCAACGGUUACACUCCAAGAACCACCGAAGAAUUUCAAAAUAAUAAAGAAUGUAGCGGAAAUAACACUAUCCAGGAAUCUUUAUUACUGAAUGAAACACAUAUAAGAACUUCAAAUCCCGAAGCUCGCGAACUGAUCGUCCACGAAACGACCACCAACAAUAUGUCGAGAAACUUGGAAGAAAUGGAAACUUUUUGAUUCGAUCAAAUUCGAACGCGAGUCAACCAUCGUAAACAUAUUUGGUGUAUCCUUCUAUGAUGUUUAUUGUCAGCAAUGUAAAAAGAAAAAACAAUAUAAAGUACUAACGUUGCAAUAACAGAAGGAGGAAGGAAGCAGGAGAAAGGAAUGAAGAUUGUUCUCUUAUAUGUAUAUAUGAAAUGUUUCUCUAUUUCACAGACAUCUCUGUGUUACAGAAAUAGCUGCAUUUUCUCUGGAGGCUGAAAUCUACUUGUAUCAUUCUUCAAUCAAGUACUACGUUUUGCAUUACUUGUUGUAUAAAAGAAACAAGCAACAAUGGUGGCGGUAUAUUUACAGAAAAAGAGACACGCGAUUCUGCACAAUCAUAUUACGAUAGAAUUAAGAAUUGAUUCGUCAAUCUAAGUUUGUUAUAAACCAUGGUGCGUCAAAUACAAAGAAAAUUACGAAGGGAAAAAUUAAAAAAAGGAACCUGCUGAACUUCA